UUCCGGGGACUUUGGCGAGGCAGGAACCAGAAGACCAACGCCUGCCUGGAGCUCCUCCCGCGCCGCCGCCUCCUCCCGGCCUCCGUUCUUGGCGAAGCGUCUGGGCCGCUUGGCGAGCGGGGAGAGCGACGGCGCCGCCAUAUGCGCCGCACUGCGCCCCAGACGCCGCCGCCGCCGGAGGAGCCGUGCCCCUGACAGCGCGGUUCAAUGGGCAGCUCCCACCUCCUCAACAAGGGCUUGCCGCUCGAAAAAGGAGAAUUCAAGCAUUUGUUUUGAGGAAAAAAGAAAAAAUUCUUUGGACUUUGCAAACAGAUGUUAGAAAAUGAAAGUAAAAAUUUGAACUCGAGCCCAAGAUACAGAGCUUGCACAGUGGAUAAGAAGUUUUAAAAGCUUUGGUUCAAGAUUGCAGGAGGCUGAAAAGAAAAAUUAAAGACAUGAGAAGGAGGAUCAAAUGACAGGUUGCUGUGUUGACUUCCAGCACUGAAGAUUGUAAAUAGCUGAGAAGUGGAAUUAAUGACUUUGAAACUGAAACCCAGUUUAAGAAAUGUCAGGCAUUCGACCACCAAUCAUGAAUGGGCCCAUGCACCCGCGUCCCUUGGUAGCACUGCUGGAUGGCCGGGACUGCACAGUGGAAAUGCCAAUCCUGAAGGACGUUGCCACUGUUGCGUUUUGCGAUGCACAGUCCACGCAAGAAAUUCAUGAAAAGGUACUAAAUGAAGCAGUGGGUGCCCUGAUGUACCACACCAUCACUUUAACCCGUGAAGACCUGGAGAAGUUUAAAGCACUUCGAAUAAUCGUUAGAAUUGGAAGUGGUUUUGAUAACAUUGAUAUUAAGUCUGCUGGCGAUUUAGGGAUUGCAGUGUGCAAUGUUCCGGCUGCAUCCGUGGAAGAGACAGCGGACUCUACAAUGUGCCACAUCUUGAACCUGUACAGACGAACCACCUGGCUUCAUCAGGCCUUGCGAGAAGGCACGAGGGUGCAGAGCGUGGAGCAGAUCCGGGAAGUGGCUUCUGGGGCUGCAAGAAUCCGAGGGGAGACCCUGGGCAUUAUUGGGUUAGGACGAGUUGGUCAAGCAGUUGCACUACGUGCAAAAGCCUUUGGCUUCAAUGUCAUUUUCUACGACCCGUACCUCUCAGAUGGCAUGGAACGUGCUCUUGGACUUCAGCGGGUGACGACUUUGCAGGAUUUGUUGUUUCACAGCGACUGCGUCACCCUCCACUGCAGCCUAAACGAACACAACCAUCACCUUAUUAACGACUUCACCAUUAAACAGAUGCGACAGGGAGCCUUCCUUGUGAACAUGGCUCGAGGAGGGCUAGUAGAUGAAAAAGCACUUGCACAGGCCCUGAAGGAAGGAAGAAUACGAGGGGCAGCCUUGGACGUACACGAGUCAGAACCAUUCAGGUGAUUCUGUUUCCUAUUC